UCAAAUUGCAAAAUUCUCCAAUACCAUUAGCACUAUAUAAAUACGGACAACCUAUUCACUGACACCAUCACAACAAAAUCGAAGAUGAACCAAAAAGCAUAUUCGGUUUUGUUUUGUGCCCUUUUGGCCAGCACUUUCGUACACGAACUGAGAGCUAAGGGUGUAGCACCAGUUAGCUCUCGUUUGGAAGCGUUCGAAAGGUCAGCACCUAAGGAAAUCUGCGAAUUGAAAUGUUCGUUCAAUGAAACCGUAACAAUAUCCUCGGGACUUACCAUCGUGGUAGUGGAGGAGGUUUUGGUUAUUGCCAAUCUAUCAUCCAGUGUGGCCCUUUUAAUAGACGUAUCUGCUCAGAUUGUCGUUUUGUUAGAUGGAACUACUGGCGCUGGUAUAGCCAUAGACCUAACUACACAAACCGGAGUUCACAUUGAAAGCGGACUAUGGGUAAAAUCUAAAGUCACCAUUGACGUAUUUAUUAAAUCUCUAAAAGGCGGAUUAAGUGCCAUAUUAAAAAUAACCGGAGCCAUCAAGUUUUCACUAAAAUCAGCUUCUGCUAAAAUUCUGAAACUGGUCAACCAAAUCAUCGUCAAAUUGAUAGCUGAUAUUGAUGCCCAACUAGUUCAAGACGCGUCAUUUGGCCUCAAGCUAAUCAUAGCCAUCAGCUCUCAACUUAUAGGGUUACUGAAGGGAUCCCUGAAAGGAUUACUCAAAGUUAUUGGAUCUGUAGCUAUUAAGCUCACCAACGAUCUUGCAGGAUUAUUGAACGCUUUGGAUGGGCUGGCAUCUAUUGUUGUGAAAGUUGCAGGCAAUCUAACAGCAUUACUUGAAGCUGGAGUCGUUCUCAAUUUGUCCCUUAUCCUGUCAGCAUCCACCGGCUUGGAAGUUUUGAUCAACAUUCUGCUCCAAAUUGGAGCUGUAAUCAAUAUAGGAGAAAAACUUGGAGCAAUUCUCAACGAUCCCGAAAGCUUAUUCAAACUUCUAGCUCAAUUAGGCGGAAACACUGCCAUUGGUAUCAGUGGAGCUCUUUUGGUUGUUGCUGAUAUAAUAGCUUUAAUCAACGGCCAUCAAACCAUCGAACAAGUUAUUAGUAUCAUAAUUCAAUUUAUAUCAGUGUCUGUUCAUAAAACUACCCAAGACUUAGGAAUCGUUCUGAAAGCUACUUUGGAAGGCUUGUUGGAGGUCUUAAGUCAUCUUAAGGCUACUGCAGGACUUAAAGCACUCAUUACCACCAUCCAGGCUUUGAUUGAUGGAACUUUAGUCAUAGGUGGAGUCAACAUUUCGACUAUCCUAGCUAAACUGCUAGCACCAUUGCAUACUAGCUCAUCAUCUCCCUUGGAAGUUGUAAUUUGGAUAGUGCUUCAACUUAAAGGCAUCGUUCAAAUUUCAUUGCUGAUUCCUUAUAUUUUACUUGUUUUGAUUGUCAAACUGAAUAGUGCUUUGGGGCUUCAACAACUUAUCGCUUUGGGUAUCAAAAUUAAUGCAGACAUCAGUUCGGCAGCAGGAGGUAUUCUGAAAUCUCUUCUGAAAAAUGUGUUGUCCAUCAUUACUGGUUUGCUAACUGGGCGCUUCUAUGAUGUUUUAAUUAAGCUACCAGGAAUUGGAACGAUUAUUAAAGCUUUGGAUGCAGCCCUUUCCGCUGCAACCAAAGGAGAAUUCAGCCUCAAAGCUUUACUGAACGGAAGUACCAGCGUUAAGGAUCUGAUCAAAGGAUUGUUGCAAGUUGUAACAGGAAUCCACUUGGGAUGUUCUUCGGCAAUACUUGCACAAAUUAAGGCCAUCUUGGAAGUUACUGGUAGCGCCAGCGCAUGCGUGCACGUUAAUGUCACUACUAGUAUUACUGUUGGUGGCUAAAUCAAAAACCCAAUUUCAAUUCAAAUUUUUUUAUAUAAUUAGUGGUGUUUGUGUUAUUUAACAGAAAAUAAAAAUGGUAUGCACACUGAUUGUUU